AGUGUUUUUCUUUUGCUAUUUUCUGCUUAUAGAAAAAUCGUAUCUACCUUUCUCUCUCACUUACCAGUUGAGCUUUUUGUUCGUUUUGGUGCCAACCUCCACCGCAACAAUCGCUAGCUUCAACCUCCGGAGUCGCCGUAAGGAAUCGUCCGUGGCAUAUUUUUUUGAGGUCUACAAAGUGUUUUUUGCCUUUCUUAACGAACUAGGAAAUGGUUAAAAGUUAUGGAGAGUUUUGAUUUGCUAGAGAUAUCAUGACGCAGUGCAUAGACGGAUUCAAGCAUGUAUGCAACUCUCUGUUUCGGUGUUUUGAUAUCGAGAUAUAUAAACAGUCUGGAGGCCUUGGAGAUCCUGAACUACUUGCCAGAGAAACAGUUUUUAGCGUGAGUGAAAUAGAGGCUCUCUAUGAGCUGUUUAAGAAAAUCAGCAGUGCUGUCAUUGAUGAUGGGCUAAUAAACAAGGAAGAGUUUCAACUAGCCUUGUUCAAGACCAAUAAAAAAGAGAGCUUGUUUGCAGACCGGGUGUUUGAUUUGUUCGACACAAAGCAUAAUGGAAUACUGGGGUUUGAGGAGUUUGCCCGUGCUCUCUCCGUCUUUCAUCCAAAUGCUCCUAUAGACGACAAGAUUGAUUUUUCGUUUCAGCUAUAUGAUCUUAAGCAGCAAGGUUUCAUCGAGAGGCAGGAGGUGAAGCAAAUGGUGGUGGCUACUCUUGCUGAGUCAGGCAUGAACCUGUCAGACGAAGUCAUAGAGAGUAUAAUCGACAAGACAUUUGAAGAAGCUGACACAAAGCAUGACGGGAGGAUCGAUAAGGAAGAGUGGAGGAUCCUUGUUCUUAGGCAUCCUUCGCUUCUGAAGAACAUGACACUUCAGUAUCUCAAGGAUAUCACGACUACGUUUCCGAGCUUUGUGUUUCAUUCUCAGGUGGAAGAUACCUGAGAAGAGCAUAGCAGAUCAAACAGUUCGGCAAGUGUGUUUGUUUUCAGUCAUGUAUCAUGUUUAUUUGUUUUUGUUUUUUAAAUCUCUCUGAACUCAAGUUUCCAAGAUUUUGUUGUUUCUUCUGUGAAAAUGGAAAAGAAAAAAACGAAAACAAAGUUGUAUUUUUAAUCUAUUCUUGGUUUGGUUUA